CACUCGUCAGUCGGCUAUAGCCGGAACGCGCGGGUUUCUUACGCGUGCAGCGUUAGUCUGCCAGUGGUUUCAAGGUAGACAUUUUUCUUUAGCUUUUAUUUUUUUUCUCGAAUAAUAACGGCAUCAACAGUCAACGCCACCGCCCGCAAUAAAUCUUGUCGGAUAACCAUCGGAUCGUCGGUCGUUUUGCACGAACCACCCGGUUUGGCGACCACAAGAGCGAACGACAUCACCGCCAACACCGAAAAAAUAAAUUACGCGGUCCACAUCCACUGCCAGUCAACAGCAGUCGAUCUAAACACGUCUCGUCCGUCUCCCGUCUUUGUAUUUUUACGUCACGAGAAUAUUCACGAUGGAUCGCAAAAACAAGAAGCUCUACAAAAUCGUAUUGACCGGAGGCCCUUGUGGUGGUAAGACAACAGGACAAUCAAAACUAUGUACAUUCUUUGAAAAUCUAGGAUGGAAGGUUUACAGAGUUCCAGAAACUGCCAAUGUUCUAUUGAGUGGAGGUAUCAAAUUUUCGGAUUUAAGCGAAGAUCAAGUCGAUAAAUUUCAAAAUAAUCUUCUCCAAAGUAUGUUGCACAUAGAAAAUACGUAUUUUGAGCUGGGAAAAUCAUGUGAACAAAACUGUCUGAUCAUUUGUGACAGAGGUGCUAUGGAUGCUGCUGCAUAUAUACCUAGUCAUAAAUGGGAUCGGAUAAUGAAAAAAAACGGUCUGAACGUGGUUGAAUUAAGGGACAAUCGUUAUGAUCAAAUUAUUCAUAUGGUGUCCGCUGCAUGUGGGGCUGAAGACUUUUAUACAACCGAGGAUCAUACGACCAGGAGUGAAGACGUGGCUCUUGCUAAAAGUCUAGACGUCAAAGCGUCAACGGCGUGGAUUGGACAUCCAUACUUUGAUGUCAUUGAUAAUUCGACCAAUUUUGAAAAUAAAAUACGCAGAAUGAUCGCCGCUGUUUGUCAGAAAUUGGGCAUAAACACUGAUGAUACAUUGGCAACAAAUUCGAAAAAACGUAAAUGGUUAGUGAAGUACUUGCCUAAUGAUGAGUUGUUUCCACCGUUUCAAGAUUUUGAGGUCGUACACUACUACUUGCAGACAUACACAAAAAACAUGCAGUCUCGCUUACGAAAACGAGGACAAAAAGGUCAUUGGAAUUAUACACAUACGCUUCGUAAGCCUAAGGUCCAAGAACAAGUAGUAGAAAUUAAAAUGCAGCUCAGUCACAGGACCUAUUCAAAUCUGUUGCCACUGAAAGAUGAACACCACUAUCCGAUAUUUAAAACAAGGCGUUGCUUUAUACACAAAAACCAAUAUUUCCAACUGGACAUUUAUCGUAGACCUUGUCAUAGAAGGUGUAAAGGGCUAAUAUUACUUGAGACGCAUUCCGUUCUUGGAGAUCAAGAGCUUCUUGAACGCUUACCGACAUUCCUAGACAUUGAAGGCGAGGUUACUGGUUACGCAGCUUAUUCAAUGUUCAAUUUGUCACUUGUUGAAAAUUGGGAAAAAUCAAAUAAAUUUUGUUUCUAA